AUCAGUGGCUUUUCCAAAGAGACCACACUCCAACUUCUACCUAACCAAGAUAAAAAGUUGGAACAAAACCCCUGAUUUUCUGCACUUUCUCACCACCACCACCACCACCACACCACUCCUUCCCAAACCACUGCGCUCACCGUCCAUAGGCCCCUCCUUAUAUAUACUCCCCUCCCCUCCCCCUCCGUACAGAUCCCUUCAUCCUCCGUCAAAACCUCAACCAUGAGGAUGAGUUGCAAUGGCUGCAGGGUCCUACGAAAAGGUUGCAGCGAUGACUGUACCAUCAGACCUUGUCUCCAGUGGAUCAAAUCUCCUGAUUCUCAAGCCAAUGCCACUCUCUUCUUGGCCAAGUUCUAUGGACGCGCAGGCCUCAUCAACCUCGUCGAAGCCGGCCCCUCACAUCUCCGUCCCGCUGUAUUUAGGUCACUGUUAUAUGAGGCUUGUGGGCGGAUAGUGAAUCCAGUGUAUGGGUCGGUGGGCUUGCUCUGGUCUGGGAAUUGGAUUCACUGCCAAGCAGCUGUUGAUGCUGUUCUCAGAGGCACACCGAUCAUGCAAAUGCCUUCUGCUCCUGAUGCACCACCACCCCACUUGAUUGAUCCCCUCAAGACGUAUGACAUCCGUCACGUGUCUAAGGACCCUAACUCGCUUGAACUCAGCAAGGUUAAGAACCGGACCCGGUUCAAACGUCCUGUUACCAACUCCAGUUCCCCUUCUGAGUCCAUGUGCAGGGUUAACCAUGGAGAGCUGAGCUUCGAACUGCAUCGUGACCCGUGGCUGAGUCAGGUGGCAAAUGGGGAUAGCAGCAGAGAUGAUGAGAGCAUGUUCUCCCUUGAGACAGUGGAGGAUGUAAACCGUGGUGAACCCAACUGGGCUUUGAAAUUCAAUGGCCUAAGUGAUGAUAGAGACGAGGUUGAUUUAGACCUCACUCUUGGUUCGGUUCCUGUGAAAUAGAGUUGAGGGCAUGGGGCAUAUAAUUAAUGCAGGUGUACGUAUCUCAUUACAUGGUCUUCUCCCCCAUCGACAUAGCUCAAGUAAUUUUGCUCUUUUUUCCCCCUUUCGUUCUUGGUCAGAUAAUAAGAAAAUGAAGAACAGCAUUUCAUUUUCUAGUGCUAAGUUGGUUGUAAUGAUUAGGUUUUUGGUUAUACUAUACAGCACAGAAAAUAAAGACAUAUAUUACC